UCAGAGUUUUAUCACAAAUGUACAACAUUUUGCGCUCAAUACAGAAAAGUCAACAGAACCGAUAACACAGCUAUCAGCCUUUCAUCCUUAUCUAUUCCUACCUACCACCUGAAGAUGCUGGAUAUGUCCUCGGAAGCUUCAUUCCCACAACAUACAGUCUGUAAUUAAUUCAACACAAUAUUUCAGGAACUCCCCAAUUGUUAAUGAAGCUGGAUACAUGAGCAGAUGUUGAAGAAAUGGAGCUCUGAUCAUCAGAUAAUAUCCCUACAUAGGAGAAGUCAUAACCCAAAGCAUGAAGUAAACCACAAUCUUUCUAGAACUCAUUUGAAUUCAUGUCUGUGGUGUGUAUAUCAAGGUUAAUUUAUGCAAUUGGCCAUCUACACUUAUAAACGCAUCUGGUAUUGAAUUUAAAAAAAAAAAUUGUUUUAAUAAGUGUAGAUGGUCAGUUACACAAAGUAACCUUCCUAAAAAUCUGCCAAUAUGGAAGAACAUACAACUUCCACAGACCCUGCAACAACUCCACAAGAUCUGCAAGAACAGCUACUGGAAGCACUACUAGCUCGAGAUCUCACCACCUUCUGUGAAUUGCUGAGAAACCCUAAAGUUAAGCCUGUUCACAAGUAUGGACCACCACACUGGUUCACAUGCCUUGAAAUAGCUUGCCAGCAUGAUGGCUGCGAAGAAUUUGUUAGCGCUUUACUCCAGGCAGGUGUUAAACCCAAUAUAAAUACCAUUGUCUCUGAACCUAUACAUUAUGCUGCUUCCAAAGGACAUGACAAGACCUUGAAGGUUCUUCUCUGUGAUAAACGAACCAAAGUGAAUGCCGUGGAUAAUUUUGGGCGAACAGCUCUUCACCUUGCUGCCAAAAAUUUUGGAAGUGGAGAAGAUGCAGAGCGGUAUGAACGAUGUAUUGCAUUGCUGAUGUCCUGCUCAAACAUAGACGUGAACCAUCCCAAUAUGAAAGGCUGCACUGCUGUUUAUGAAGCUGCAUAUUACGGAGGUCAGGAAGCAGUAUUAGCUAUGCUAAGGUAUGGUUCACACAUAUUAGACAUUGAUUCCUCAAAUGGAGUUGGCAGAUCAGCUCGUGAAAUUAUCAUUGAAAGUUACCCUGACUUGAGAAGUAUUCUCCCAUCUCCAAGGACUGAACAUCUUCAUUCAGACCCCAACACACAACUGCUAGCAGCUUUUCAACACAGACAAUUGAAAAUCUUCUGUGAUAUUCUGUGCCAAGUUAAUAAAUAUGGUAAUGCUUGUCUCAAUCCCAACUUCUGGUACAGCAAACCUUAUAAUUCUACAUGUCUUGAAAUGGCAUGUAAGGAAACUGGAUGUGAAGAAUUUGUACGUGCAUUGCUCUCAGCUGGAGCAGAUCCAAACACAGUUAACAUUAUUACACACAAACCACUUCUACAUUUAAUUGCUGAAGAAGGAAACUACGAGGCAAUGAAGGUAUUGCUGGAAGACAGAAGAGUAAACUUGAACAUAGUGGAUGAAUGUGGGAGAACUGCUCUACACAUUGCAGUGGAGCAAAAUGAAGGAAAUGAGGGAGACAUCAGAAGACAGUUGGAAUGUAUUUCUCUUCUACUAAAACAAAAUGGAAUAGAUGUGAAUAGAACUGACAAGAAUGGUUGUACUGUGGUUCAUUCAGCAAAACUUAGAAACAAUACUGAGGCACUAAACUUAAUCCUGGAUCAAGAUGCACUGAGAUUUGACAUGGAGAUUUCCCAGGAACCAGAGAAGAAGAGUGUUGCAGAGAACUGUGAAAGUGCACUCAAGGAAGCUCUGUUCCAGUAUUUAUAUAAGCGAGAAAUCCAAGAUUUUAUAAGAACUUUCAAGAAACUUGUGAAUAAAUAUGCUAAUCUCAGAAUACUAGAACUUGAUGAUGGGCAUUAUACAUUGUUACAAUAUGCCAGCAAUUAUGGAUUGCAUGAUGUCGUUAAAGUGUUACUGGAAUAUCAAGCAGAUCCGAAUGCUACUACCGAAUAUGACAAAAGGCCACCAGUCAUUCUCGCAUGCUUAAGACAGAACCAAGACAUUCUAAAAUGUUUCCUUGACUUGCCACCUGAAUCAAAUUUUAACAUUAAUGCUAUAGAUGCAAGAGGGAAUACAGCACUCCAUUAUGCAGUUCAAAAUGAAGACCUUGCAUCUGUUAUAGCAUUACUGAGUCAUGGAGCAGACUUUAAAGUGAGAAACAUUUUUGAUUGGCCACCACUGCCUGCAGAAGCUUUAGGGACUCUGCUUAAUUGCUGCCUUCUGACUAGUGGGCAUUUUCCCAAUGAUGAAGAUUAUAAGCUGGUAUUCAAUUAUGGCCUCAUAUUAGCACAUGCUAGACGGAAUGUGAGAAAGACUGCAUCAGAGGAGGACUCACUGCCUUUCAUGAAAAAUCAGGAUCAAGAAUCAUUUGAAGAGAGGCAUCAAGUAGAAGCACUUACAUCUGAAAUGGAUUUACUCUUUCACCUAAGUCAGUCACAAGAAUACAGACACUUGCUUAAACAUCCAAUUAUCACAAGCUUCUUAUAUCUGAAGUGGUUCAGAAUCCGAGCGAUAUACUACAUACAUCUUGUACUGUAUGUUAUAUUUUUAAUAUUACUUAAUAUAUAUAUUUUCAUGGAUUAUGGUUUAUCACAUCCAUAUUCCAUAUUUAAGAACGCUUCAAUGAACAAUGUCUCAGUUGAAACAAGUACUUCAAAAGGUCAAUAUCAAGAAACACAUCUGGAACGGUUUAGGACAGUCUAUGGAAACUUAACUUGGUUUCUACUCCUUUUUAUACUUUUUUGUCAUACAAUGAGAGAAUUGUUCAAAUUUGUCAUGUCACCCUCAAAAUAUCUCCUCACAUUAGAUAAUAUGCUUGAUAUAGUUUUGCUCUUCAUAACUUCAAUAAUUCUGUUUAAAUCUUGGGAUGAAGAUAAUCAUAGGAAAUUAUUCACAGCAAUCGCCUUAUUCCUAUCAUGGACUGAACUGGCAUUAAAGACUGGACGCCUUCCUCAAUUAUCCACUAACAUUGAAAUGCUGAAAUCUGUAGUGAGGCAUUAUGCUUUCGCCUUCUUAUCAUAUUUCCUUUUUAUCAUAGCUUUUGCACUGGCAUUCUACAUCUUCUAUCACGAUAAUGAGGCAUAUAACAGUGACUUGCAGGUAUUUCCAACUCUGUGGGCAGCAGUCACAAACACAUUCAUGUUAAUGACUGGUGGAUUUGAUAUGCUUUCUAGUAAUGGCUAUAGUCAUAUCAUGCUUCUGUUAUUUACUUUCUUAAUUAUUAUUGUUAUGUUCAAUGUGCUGACAGGCUUAGCUGUGUCUGAUGUACAACUGAUUCAUGACAAUACAGAAAUCCUCCAGGCAGUGUCAAGAAUAUCUCUUCUAUAUGAAAUCGAGAGUACUUUCAUACACUGGAACACAUUCAUGGAGAAAAUAUGCAAGUUCAAUUGUGCAUCAAAAAUGGCUACAUACUUGAACAGUGCAUUAAGAAGGGUAAUAUUAUUUCCUAACACAAUCACAUCACAGAAAAAUAUAAGUAUUUUGCCCAACAGAAAUGCUAAAAUCAUAUUCCACACUGAUACAGAUUCUGUCACUUGUAAAAUGAACAUAAAAAUCCUACAAGCAGCCUUAAACAUUAUUAGUAAUAAAGAAAAAACUUCAGAAUUGGAUCACAUGAGAUAUAGGCUACAACAAAAUCAUAAUGAAUAUUUGCAGAAAUUUAUAGAAAGUAGCAACAGUAUUGACAAAAUUAAGGACACAAUUGAAGAAAAUUUUAAGAAACUAGAAAAGAUUGAAGAAAACUUUAGUGUGUUUCAGAAUAAAGUAGACAGGACCCACACAAAUUUAGAUACAAACAUAAAAAAUCUAAAAGAACAAUGUCAUUUACAAUUAGUUUAUUCAGAGAAAACUCUGCAAGAAAAGCUUGAAAAGUAUGAGUGCAGGUUCGACCAGAUUCAACAAUCACAAAAAAAAACAAUAGAUCUCCUAACGGAUAUACUAGCUGUACUCAAUUCAGGAAAUGACAAAACUGCAUUUGGAAGCAAAACUUCUACUGUAUAAAUUUCAUUAACUUAUAUUAUAUUGAAAUAUAUUUCAUAUUAGUGAGAGUAAUGGCAGUUAUGAUUAAAAUGGGUUUCUGCCUUCUGGGUUACAAUGCUGUGUAAUUUAUCGAGAGCCAACUGAUGAUAUGGAGAAAAAUACCACCACCACCAUAAGAGUCAAAGAGUAAGCCAGUCAAGAAACUGGAAUGUCAGUCAAUUUUCACUGGAAUACAUGGUGUUACUCACAUAUCUCAAAAGAUAUAACCACUGCGGGCACCUAAACUCUGACAUGUGAUUAAAUGAUGCAUAAUUUAUUUGCUGCCUUUGAGAAAAUUUAUUAUUUGUAUUGUGGUUUUAUGGUUUAUGAGCAUGUAGUCUUGUGGGUGGUUACUGAUGUCACAGAACACUGGUAAUUACCCGACUACAGUGGAACCUCGCUUAACGAGCAUAAUUCGUUCCAGAAUCUUACUCGUAAUACAAAACAA